AGCUUGAGAAUGCUCAAGCCGCGCCGCUGGGCUCUUUCGGUUGCUGUGCUCCUGCCCGCGCUCAGCUUCAUGGCGGCGAACACUGCCAACGUGACCAGCGCGGACACGGCCUUGGACCUCAAGAACAUCCGCAGCGUGCUGCAGCGGAUGGAGGACUCCAUCAUUUUCAGCCUGAUCGAGCGGGCGCAGUACCGCGUGAAUAGCGCGGUCUACGAGCCGAACCACAAACCGCUGGGAAGGUUCAAGCUACACGAGCUGAAGAGCGCAGGCUCAAACGGCUGUCUGGGGGACUGGUUCAUCUACCAGACUGAGUGCUUGCACUCUCAGGUGAGGAGAUAUGAGCACCCCACAGAGUUCGCCUUCUUCGGGCCCUUGCCGGAGCCCAGCCUAGGGAAGAACGCAGGGGGUUCAGGCAUCCUAGAGGAGCCCGUGCUGGCGCCCGUACCACCAGAGGCGAUUGUGAACAAGAAGCUUCUGGAGAUCUACCGCAGCAGCAUGAUCCCUGAGCUGUGUAUGGAGGGCGACGACGGCAACUAUGGAUCCACCGCCCUGCAGGACGUGCAUGUCCUGCAGACCAUGGCGACGCGGAUUUAUUACGGACUGUUUGUGGCGGAGUCCAAGUUCAGAAGUGAAAAGGACAAGGCCAGCGCCAUGAUCAAGGCGAGGGACACAGAAGGCCUGACAGCCUUCAUCACCAAGCCAGAGGUGGAGAAGCGGAACGUGGAGCGGGUCAUUCUCAAGGCGCGCACGUUCUCGCAGAACAUCGCGGGGGGGGAGUCCGACGAGACCCCACUUAGCCACAAGGUGAACCCCGACUUCAUCGGUCAACUCUUCGAGGAGUACAUCAUGCCACUCACCAAGGAGGUGGAGGUAGCGUAUUUGCUGGCAAGGCUAGAGCCGGCGAGGCAAGUCUCCACGCAGGAGGAAACCGAUGUGGACUGGGUCCACAAAUAGGCUGGACCUGCGCAAAAAAAGCAAAAAGAUCCCCGCGCGCGCGCUCGCGGCGUUUCUGAAGGGUUCAAAGGGUCGCUGAAAAGAAG